GGUUUUGCCGAUUUUGUAACAAGUUUGUUUUUGAUAGUGAGAAAACUCCUGCAAUCAAAAUGAUGCGCUACGAGGGAAAUGAAAAGCUAGCAGAUGAAACUUCUUGCGCCGGUGUUCGGGCGGAUCUGAAAAUGUGCCUGCUGGAAAGCGAGUGCUGUCGCUUGGACAAGAAGACGCCUCGCCAGUGUCUGCAAGAUAACAGUGUGCCGCCAGAAUGUCAAGUGCUGCGGAACACCUUCUACGAGUGCAAACGCUCCUUGCUGGACAAUCGACAACGUUUCCGUGGACAUAAAGGCUAUUAAGAGAACACACAAUGCAACUUUAUGCUUAAUUUUUACUUAAGAUUUUAUUAAAUACAAAACGAAAUAGAAGCGAACAUGGAACU